AUGGGUAAAACCUGGGCAAGGGCAUUUUAAUGGCGACAGAGGAUGAGGAUAGGAGGGGGGAAGCCUCGCCUCAUGUUCACAAACCAGAGGUCCCCAAACAAGAUGACAUAACAUCAACUUCUCCGAUCUGACCGGCGCCAUGGAUGCCGCUCGCCUUCUCAACCCCUCCUGCUUAUUCUCUCCCGUUCCGUCCCCUCCGCGGCUCUCUCGCUCCCCCGCCUACUGGGUUCAGAGGCGACGACGCGCGUCCCGCGCCUCUUUCGUAGCCUGCCGUCGGCUGAAACCCUGCCUCGCCUGUGGCGCCGACACUCUGGUCGCUCGAUCGGAACGGAGCUCGCAGACCCUCCCCUCCGACAAGAUUAGGGCGGAGGGUGCGGACCUGAAGUCUUGGCUGCACCAGCAUGGGUUACCGACAUGCAAGGUUGACCUCAAGGAGAGGGCUUCGCAUGACGGGAAGCACCACCCUAUUCAUUACGUCGUGUCCAGUGAGGAUCUGCAGGAGGGAGACGUUGCAUUUUCGGUACCGAAUUCAUUAGUUGUGACUCUGGAAAGAGUUUUAGGAAACGAAAUCAUCGCCGAACUGUUGACAACAAACAAGCUAUCUGAAUUAGCCUGUUUGGCACUAUAUCUCAUGUAUGAAAAAAAGCAAGGAAAGAAGUCAUUCUGGCAUCCAUUUAUCAGGGAACUUGAUCGCCAGAGAGGAAGAGGCCAGCUAGCUGUGGAAUCUCCUCUUCUUUGGUCUGAAUCUGAAUUAGCCUACUUAGAUGGCAGUCACACAAAGGCUGAAGUUCUUGAAAGAGAAGAAGGAAUAAAGCGAGAGUAUAAUGAGCUUGACACAGUUUGGUUCAUGGCUGGAUCACUUUUUCAGCAAUAUCCAUUUGACAUCCCUACAGAGGCUUUUUCAUUUGAGAUUUUUAAGCAGGCAUUUGUUGCUGUACAAUCUUGUGUUGUUCAUUUGCAGAAGGUAAGUUUGGCCAGAAGAUUUGCAUUAGUUCCUUUGGGACCUCCAUUGUUGGCUUACAAGAGCAACUGUAAAGCAAUGUUAACUGCUACUGAUACUGCUGUUCAACUAGUAGUUGAUCGGCCUUACAAAGCUGGAGAGCCUAUUGUUGUAUGGUGUGGACCACAACCAAACUCUAGGUUGCUUCUCAAUUAUGGUUUUGUUGAUGAAGACAAUCCUUAUGACCGUAUAUUAAUUGAGGCAUCUUUAAAUACAGAAGAUCCUCAAUACCAAGAAAAGAGAAUGGUUGCUCAGAGAAAUGGAAAGCUAGCUGUCCAAAUUUUCCAUGUCCAUGUAGGUAAAGAAAAGGAAGCCAUAUUAGAGAUGCUACCAUACCUCAGAUUAGGCUACAUAUCCGAUGCAGCUGAUAUGCAAUCUGUUAUUUCUUCUCAAGGUCCUACAUGUCUGCUAAGCCCAUGUAUGGAGAGAGCUGUUCUCGACCAACUUGUAAACUACUUUGAGACUCGGUUGGCUGCCUACCCUACAACAUUGAUUGAGGAUGAAGAUAUGCUGGCAGAUGGCAACCUCUAUCCAAAGAAGCGAGUCGCAGUUCAGCUAGUUAAACUAGAAAAGAAAAUGAUUCAUGCCUGUUUGCAGGCUACUUAUGGUUUUAUACAUGAAUUACCAGAUAAUACAAUAUCUCCUUGUCCGGCUCCUUUUGUGCCACAGUUGAAAAUUUAGCUAUUGCACAAGCAGCUAAUCCUUUCAGGGAUAAGGAAGAUUAUAAGUAAAGUUCUUCAGCAGCAUCAAAUCAGCACUACCUAGUUGUUUUAGGAUGACUUUCUGAGUAAGCUCAUAAAAGAAUUUAGGUACUAUCAGCAUGUCUAGUUCACUACAUAUCAGGAAGCAGUAUGCACGAGCCUGUUCUAUGUUUCAGCGUGGUGUUCCAAACUUGUGGCUUUCUUUUGUUUCACUAUCUCUCUGACAUCGUGCUUAUGCCAGUAAAUAUCGUGCUAGCAAUGUACAAGUUAGGUCAUUUUUUUUAAUUCUUGAUUGCAAAGAUGCUGCUUCUUUUGUGCUCUCUUCUGACUGCUAAGUUUGCACACUGUUUUAGACUAGAGGACCAUAUUAUUGCUUUGAUUACUUGUA